AUGUCGUCUGCAACGAAGGAGAUCCUCGGCCGCGUUCAGCGGAUGGUUCCGCCCAUGCUGGAGAAGUUCCAUAAAGGACAGCUAGGCCGCGUCGCCGUCAUCGGCGGUAGCGUGGACUACACGGGAGCACCGUACUUCUCAGCCAUGGCGAGCGCCAGGCUGGGCUGCGAUAUGUCACACGUAAUCUGCACCCCCGGCGCAGCAGCCACCAUCAAGACCUACUCGCCAAACCUCAUGGUGCACCCCCUGAUGCGCCAGUCCCCCUCCGAGGACACCGCCUCCGCCCCCCCGGACGCGGACAAGAUCUCGGCGCCCAUCGUCGAGAUGCUCGCGCGCCUGCACGUGCUCGUCAUCGGGCCCGGCCUCGGCCGCGACCCGCUGAUGCAGGACACCGUCGCGCGCGUCAUCCGCGCCGCCAGGGAGCGCUCGAUCCCGCUGGUGCUCGACGCGGACGCGCUGCAGCUCGUGCAGAAGGACCCCGGGCUCGUGAAGGGGUACGCGCUGGCGGUGCUGACGCCGAACGUGGUUGAGUUCUCGCGGCUGUGCAAGGCGCUUGGGAUUGAUGAGGGGAAGGCGAAGGAGGGCGCAGAAGGGGGGAGGGAUGAGAAGGAGACGGCUAAGGUUGAGGCGCUGGCGAGGGCGCUUGAGGGCGUGACGGUUGUGCAGAAGGGGGCGAAGGAUUUCAUCACGAAUGGGGAGGAUACCUUUAUCGUUGACCUCGAGGGCGGGUUGAAGAGGAGUGGUGGACAGGGGGAUACGCUGACGGGGUCGAUUGCGACGUUCUUGGGGUGGAGGAAAGCGUAUCUUGAUGGAUUGUGGGAUACGGGAGACAGUAAGCUUGCGGAGGCAGAGUUGGUGAGACUGGCUGCGUUUGGAGGGUGUGCGAUUACGAGGGAGUGCUCGAGGCGAGCGUUCGUCAAGAAGGGGAGGAGUUUGCAGGCGAGCGAUCUCACGGAUGAGGUUCAUGGAGCGUUUAUGGAGUUGUUUGGAGAGGUUGAUGGACCUGCUGGGAGCACCAAGCUGUGA